AUGAUUGAGGACCAACUCUGGUGUCCAGAAUUGGGUAAAUGGUUUGCCAUGGAGACAAGCACUGAUUGCUCCCAUCAAGGUAUAGAAACUGCUGACUCCAGAUCACAGAGAUUGUUGAACAUUGUUGAUGAUAAUUUGGAACAUGCAGAAAUAAUGUUAUUAUCAUCAGAUCUCUUGUUUUUCUCCACAGAUAUAUUUAAAUAUUUUAUGAAGAUGACCAAACUUCCUAGUUACAUUGUCAUGAGAAACUCCUUUUAUUCACAAGCCAGCUGUGGAAUCUCAACAAACAUUUUUCUUCUUCUCUUCCACAUCCUCACCAUUGUUUUUACUCACAGGUUUAAGCACCUUGACAUGACAAUUAGUCACUUGUCCUUGAUCCACAUACUGCUGCUCUUCACCAUGAUAAUACUGGUGUCCUCAGACUUGUUUGGGUCACAGAAUAUUCAGAAUGAUGUAAGGUAAAUUGUCUUUUUAAACAAGGUGCUGAGGGGUCUCUCCAUUUGUACAACCUGCUUCCUGAGCAUGCUCCAGGCCAUCAUCAUCAGCCCCAACAGUUCCUCCUUGGCAAAUUUCAAACAUAUUUCUCCAAAUCACCCCCUAGGAUUCUGCAUCUUCUCAUGGGUUCUCAACCUGUCUGUCAAUAACCAGUCUUCUGUUUAUUACCGACCACUGUUCUGUUUAGCCCAUGAGCUAUAUGCACAGAAACUUAUUUUUCACACUAAUGACAUUGAAAGAUUACUUCAUAGGGCUAAUGGUCCUCUCUAGUGGCUACAUAGUGAUUAUUUUGCAGAGAAUAAGAGAUUCUCCCAGCACUUUUAUAGCACCAGCCUCUUCCCAAGAGUCUCACCAGUGAAAAGGGCUUCCCAGGCCAUCUUGCUGGUGGUGAGUUGUUUCGUCUUCAUAUAUUGGGUGGACUUUACCUUCUCAUUAUCAGUAGUUAUAACAUGGAGAAGUAAACCUCUAUUAGUGUGGUUCCAGAUUAUUGGGGUCAAUAGCUAUGCCAUAGUUUGUCCUUUGGUGCUAACCCAUGCAGAUAAGCAAAUAUUCAAGACUUGGGUGUCAGUGACUGAAGUUGAACCUGAUCAUGCAGAUAUACAGCUGAAGGUGCUAGAUGCAGAUAGUUCUGGAUAUUAG